AUGGAUCCACUCAGCAUCAUUGCUGGUACUAUAGGUAUUGCUGGGACAGCGGUACACAGCAUCAAUACGCUUAUUCACGAUAUCAAUGCAGUUAAAGACGCACCAGAGGUUAUCGCUGAUCUAAAAAAUGAUCUUUUGGCUAUGGACGCUAUCAUGAAGAGUUUGGAAAGUUCAGAAAUGAAAAAUGAGCUUAAAAAUCUCUCGCCACAGGCAAAUAUGGCAUUACAGCUAGCUAUUAAGAAUUGUCAAAAAGCGUGCGACAAAUUUGGCGUGAAGUUGACGCAGUGGACCAAGCACUCAGACGAAAAAAUGCAAUGGUGGGAUCGAGUUCGCGUUGGUUUAUUCGCUGAGGCGACGGUCGAGUCUUUGAAUAAGCAACUCGGGCGCAACAAGUCCAGCAUCAUUGCAGCAGUUGGCACAGCAGUUUUGAUUUCGACAGCAACGCAGAGUGAGCUUCGCACUAAAGAGAUAAAUAUCGCCAAGGAUAUCAUCGAGGUUGAUAACCAGAAGGCGUUCACACAAAAGGCCCUCCAGAAGUUCACGGAGCUCGAACUGAGAGAAGAUAGCCAUCAAAACCGUACCCAGGCGAUUGAGCAACUCGAAGAUCAACUUGCUGAACUGGAUGAUUCUCGAAGGCUCUUGGAAGAACUGCUUUCGAAGACUCACGAAGUACACACAGGACUAACGAUCUCUAAGAUCGAUAUGAGUGAUGGCGGAAAACUGCUUGUCGGUCUCAUCAACUACGAUCAGGCACAUGGAGAUAUUCACCUGGAUGUUCACGAUGUCAAGGCCACAAACAAUGGCAAGGGUGUUGUGGGAGCCAUCAAAGGCCUCGAUGUUAAUGCAUUUUUCAACAGCUAA